CCCAUCUCUCAGUUGAUUCUGGAAUUUGUGUCGUGUGGUUGAAGGUUGUGCAGCCCUAGUGAAGCUGUUGGAGAGAGUGAGGAUGGUGAAUCCCGAAUGUAAGCUCACGGUCUUGCCCCAUGUCGACAAGGUCAUAGACAUGAAACAAAAUAGAGCGACGUUCAAAGCCAAGGUCUCUAUCACCAACCCGUAUACUUGUCAAGUUACAGUUAAGACAAUCUACUACACCCUCAAGACUGUAAAGAAGGACAGGGAGAUGGUAAAAGGCCCGUUUACGGAGAAUCUCCCAAAGCAACUGGAGCAGCAAAAGCAAGAAAUGAUACAGGUGCCAAUGUCGGUGAGGUACGAGCAUCUGAUGAAGUUGACAAAUGACAUUGGUGUAGAUUGGGACAACAUGUACGAGUUGGAAUUCAAACUCACCGUUGAUCUUCCUUGGGCUCGUGACCACCCUAUUUCUCGUACCACGAUAGCAGAGAUCCAGAUGCCUCUUUGACGGCUUCACUCUCCUUCCAUUUGUGGUGCAAUAUGUGUCCUGUUACUUCUGUGUGUUUUCUUUGUUUUGUUUGAUGAGUGUUUCUUGCAAGGCUUGAAUUUUCAUGUUUGAUGGUGUUGGGUAAGUACGAGGUGGUGGUCGUAUCCUCGUGUUGGGUAGAUCCGCUCCUCUCUUUUUCUUGUUUUCAUGCAUGGGGAAAUGUCACGUUACUUUCUGUGUUUUCGUGCUGUUUAAUGAAUCUCAUGCAAGUUUGACUUUUCAUGUUUU